AUGUGGAUGGAUAAUGCAGGUGGGAAUGUGAUUGUUAACUUGGCUAUGGAUUUCUGGAGAGAAGGAAAAAAUCGGGAACAACUAAGGAUGAACAGCAGCGAGCUGGACACUAAAAUCUCUAGAGGCAUCUUUAACGAAAACAACAGUGGAUUUUGGCACUCCAGUCUCAUAGAUCAUCAUCUGAUUGAUCACUUUAUUCCUUUUCUACCUCUGGAGCUGAAGCAUGUGCUCCAAUGUGUCUUGGCUGAGAUGGAGCAUCUGGAGAUCCCAAAAAAUGAUGAUCUGGCAGAUAAAGUGGCCAGAGACAUGCCUUUCUUCCCUGUUGAAGAGCGAAUAUUUGCUGUUAAAGGCUGCAAGUCAGUCAGACAGAAGUUGGUGGUGCAUGCUGAUGAGUAGAAGACACACUUGUUGUUAACCUUAUUUUUGACCUUGGACCACACAACCACCACCUUAUGUUGCAGAGGUAUACAGUAUUAUUGCUAUUUUGGAAAAGCCAAAAGUGCAUU